GGCCCAAAGUUUUUCCAUAACUGAUCGGAGCCUGGGAUUGCUCUUCUCAGCUCUUAGGUGCCCUCACACUCCCUUUCCCCUCCAGGAAGCGGGGUGAUCACAGGCAGACGAUGGAGCAAGGCAGCAGCCGCUUGGAGGACUCCCCUCUCAACGUGUUUUCCGUCACUCCCUACACACCCAGCACCGCUGACAUCCAGGUGUCCGAUGACGACAAGGCGGGGGCCACCUUGCUCUUCUCAGGCAUCUUCUUGGGACUGGUGGGGAUCACGUUUACCAUCAUGGGCUGGAUCAAAUACCAAGGUGUCUCCCACUUUGAAUGGACCCAGCUCCUUGGACCUAUCCUGUUGUCAGUCGGGGUGACAUUCAUCCUGAUUGCCGUGUGCAAGUUCAAAAUGCUCUCCUGCCAGGCGUGCAAGGAAAGUGAGGAAAGGGUCCUGGAAUCGGAGCAGACGGCAGGAGGACAAUCAUUUGUUUUCACUGGUAUCAACCAACCCAUCACCUUCCAUGGGGCCACUGUGGUGCAGUAUAUCCCUCCUCCUUAUGGUUCUCAAGAACGCCUGGGGAUGAACACCACCUACCUGCAGCCAGUGGUGAACCCCUGUGGUCUCAUACCACCUGGAGGGGUGGUGACCGCCAUGCCAAGCCCUCCUCAGUACUACACCAUCUAUCCUUCAGAGAAUGCUGCUUUUGUUAGUGACCCAGAAUACCCUUCCUUUGUGGCCGGUGGAAAUGACAGAUCCAGCCCUGAUGCUGACCAGCUAGAAGAGACACAGCUGGGAGAUGAGGUGUCUGCCUGCUUCUCUCCUCCCCGCUAUGAGGAAAUAUACUCCCUCCCUCGCUAGACUAUGAUGCCAAAGGAAUAGCAUUCAAGUCAUUGUUGCUGACAAAUGAGGUGUCGGGUGUUGUGACCUUUUGAAGUUAGACAGCAGAGAAGCCCAGCCAGCCUGACAGAUACCAAUCGAUGCGGGGUGGAGUGGGAGUGGGGCAGGAGGGGAAACAGGAAGGAAAAUAUCUGAGAUGGGUAAAAAUUAGGUGGGGGUGGAGGAAAUUUCCUCCUCGUACAGCUGAAUAUUCCCUGCAUAUGGACAUAGGUAGGAAUUUCACUUGGUCCACAACCCACCCCUUUCCUACAGGAAGGCCCUGGUGUCUCAAUUUUAAUUCCAACAGCCAAAGGGAAAAUCACUGCUAUUGUGAUACUGGGAGUUUCCAUGGCAGUGAGAGGGGGGUGGGCAGGGAGCAGGGAAGAGAAAAUAGGUUUCACUGAAGAUUUUCUAGCACCUGUUCUCAGCCCCCCCAGAGGGUUUGCAGAUUCCCAAACAACAUGGUUGCCAUCCGGUGUCCCUUGAGGACUCUGGGUAUCUUAAAGGCUGCAAAACAUUUUUUUAGUGGAAUAAAAUAAAACAAUAUCUCUGUUUAAAAAAGGGAUUAGAUAGGGGCACCUGGGUGGUUUAGUGAGUUAAGCCUCUGCC